CCUCACGCCUAACUCAUCUACGAUCUCAACAGAUCCAUUCAAUCCGCACAAUAUGGCGGUCGCAGCUGAUUCUUUCCUCCAUCUCGCCAGGCCACUCGGGCCCACGGCAGUUGGCAUUCAACCCACCACCGCCCCGCUCAAUGUUAUCGUCCAGCCACAGGUCGUUUUCUCCAUCUUAGAUCACGCCCUCCGCCGCGACCCGGCAUCGAACCGCGUUAUUGGUGCCCUCCUGGGUGUCCGCUCCGAAGAUGGAAUGGAAGUCGAGGUCCGCAACUGUUUCGCCAUCAACCACACCGAGACGGAGGAGCAGGUCGAGGUCGAUGUCGAAUACCAGAAGAACAUGCUUGCGCUGCAACUGAAGGCCAACCCGCGCGAGGUCCUCCUUGGGUGGUACACGACCAGCCUCGAGCUGAACAACUUCAGCGCUCUGAUCCAGAACUUCUUUGCCAGCUCCGAGACCGGCACCUUCCCACACCCGGCCAUCCACUUGACCGUCUCGACAGAGGCAGGCAAGGAGAUCGAGGCCAAGGCUUACAUCAGCGCACCCGUAGGCGUGAAUGCCGAGCGUGCGGCUGAGAGCUGUCUCUUCAUCCCCGUCCCAUACGAGAUCCGAUACGGCGAGGCAGAGAAGAGCGGCCUCGAGCUGAUCUCCGGCGCAAAGGACGUCGAUGCCCGCGCUGCACCAGUCGUCACAGACGCCGAGAGCCUCGAGCGCGCGAUUGAGCACACUCUGGACCUGUUAGAACGCGUCUCCGAGUACGUCUCGUCCGUUCUUGAUGAGGAGCGCGAGCCAAACAACGCCCUGGGUCAGUUCCUCAUGAACGCCCUCUCGUUAGCACCAAAGGUCGACGCCGCAGAUAUCGAGCGCGACUUCAACAACCACAUCCAAGACAUCCUUGUCGUCUCCUACCUCACCAACACCAUCCGCACACAAAUCGAUCUCUCGCAGCGCCUGGCCACGGCCACGAUUACUCUUGGCAGCACCGACGCGAUAGGCGGUAACACAGGAGGAGAGGGCGGCGAGAGAGGCGAGCGUGGGGAGCGUGGAGGAAGGGGUGGAAAGAGGGGCGGACGCGGUGGACGUGGAGGUGGACAACCGAGGGAGCCGAGGGAGCCAAGAGAGGAGUAGAUGACGGUAGAGCUUGAUGACUUUUUAAAAUAAUGCGGCUUUAGGUCCUCUACGCCUUGCAUGGCUGUAUUGCAUUGUAUAGGAUGAGGGGAAAGCAUGGCGUUUGGUUGGGCCACCAGGUAGAGACGAGCA